UUUGAGCUCCGAUCACUCUAUUAUUGGAAGCUCAGAUCGAAAACCGAAACUAAUUUCAUCUCACAUGACAGCUUGCGCUCAACGCUGGUGUUUUUUUUUUCUGUGGCCGCGUUAGGUACAUUUGCUACAAAAAUUUGUGACUUUUUUUACUUAAUUAUGAACGUUACUCGAGGAAAAUCAAGUGUGAUAAUUCUCAGAUUGAUUGUCAUCCUACAAGGAACCUCAAGCAUUUCUGGUGUCGAUAAAGAGUGUGAAUCAUGCUAUUCCUUCCAUGAUGACAUCAUGUCAUGGCUUCUCAGCCGACAACAAUGCUCGGUUGCUGGUGGCGAUUUGGUUGUAAUGGAGACAAAGGAGGAGUGGGCGUUCAUCACGGAGCAAAUUCAAACCAAGACGGUCCCAGACGGGUCAAACGAGUCGUUCAUUGGGAUGGAGAUUCCUGACAAUUGGAAGAAAGGAGAGCCUUUGAAGUGGAAAAACGGAGCUAAUUUUACCCUCACAGACAAAUGGCAAUCAGGCAAGCCAACAGCGAAUGAAGGAGAGCAGCGUACUUCAAGCGUGUUGAUAUCACGAGAUUACAUGUUCAAAGGAUCUCUGAAUUCUAUAAGAUAUGAUUUACAGAGAGGUCGCAUCUGUGAAUAUAAGAAAGACUGUAGCCAAGCAGGUCGUGUGCCGCGAUGUAUCAGCCCAACUACAGAAACCCUUACGACUGAAACAAUAGCAGCUUCACAAUUAACACCGUCAUCUUCAGCGACAACAACAACUAUACGUACAAAUACCAAGACGACGGAGUCAGCAAUAACAACAAGUUUAUCGACCUCACUGCCAGUUAUUCUGCCGAAGGAGUCGUCGACUAUCCAAUCUCUAUCAACUCCAAGAGAUGAUGCACCUCACGCGUCUUCUAAGUCAUCUAGCGCGCUGUCCUUGGAGGUGCUGGUGGUCCUAGUACUCCUCUCUGUGGCAUGCAUCAUACUCAUCAUCAUCGUGUGCGUGUGGAAACACCAGCACCGCGAAAAAAAGCGUCCCAGAAAAUCAAGCACAAGUAGAAAAAACGCCAUUCCAGUAACCAUUAUCCACCACGCGCAUCGUGAGGCUUCUGAGGACGAGAACACGCGCGGCGCAGACUACAUCGAUACGCAUGAGCAUAUGGAGCUAGCUGCUGACCCUGGAACGCAGCCUUGCGUGACAAAUGCAGUGAUUCACCCUGGGUCCUCCCCCGGAACCACUGAUCAAAGUUAUGAGGAUAUAGCUGAUGCAAGCGGGGGUCACGUGUACGAUGGUAUCGCGGGCGCUUCCUGUGGCGUCGUGUAUGAUUCCGCGCCUGACCUGGAAUCCCAGGGAUCUUCCUACACUAAUAGCUGCACUGCCUCGUAUAGCUCGCUCAAUGAGCUAGUUCACCGCGCCUUCGCCACAGGCGACCCAAGCAGCCGGGAGACCCCACCUGAACCAGUUUACGCUCGGGUAAAUAAAAAACAAAAAAUCGCUAGAAACCGCAAUUACGGACAGUCUGGAGACUGCACAAUGCAUCAAUCAAACGCCGUCACUGGACCUCGGCGUUAUGUUAAUCUGAACAUCGACCCAUCCAUGUUUCCGAAUUCCAUUGAAAUAGAACAAAAUGCAUCUGAGAUCUGCAACCGGCUGCCUGUGGAUAUCUUAACCGCGCCAGGCUCUGAGAGACCUGUGUACGCGAGAGUGCAUGUCGGCGAGGAGCCUCAGCUGAUUACCGGGGAAGCAAUUGUAUCCAAGCAACAGCCAAUGAAAAUAGAGCAUGCGCCCCAAGUGCUGGACAGCGGACCAAGCGACGACGAGCAUGCGCUUUCGAUCGGUGACUAUCUGUAUGCAGUUGUCGACAAGAGAAACAAGACGCCUCGUGUCGAUCCCGCGGGAAGUCCCGCGAAUACUAACGGGUAUUACGCGGAUCUUGCCGACCUUGAUGACGUGGAUGAUACGUCACGUGACGUCAUCCUGCCACCGCGUUACGAGCCCACUGACUACGCCGAGAUCGUGAGUUGCCAGGUGAUGGAUGAAGGACCUCAUAAAUAAUGACAAGGCCCAAAAGGGGUGUGUGACGAUGGCAGAAAAGCAAGCAAGUACCAAGUAGUAAAUCAGGGAGAAUGGAAUAACUGUCCGUGGAAGGCUUUAAACCUUUAAAUAUGAUAACUGCCAUUAGCGAGCUAAUCCGGCGAUUGGGGUGUGGACCCCAACCACCAACACUUAAACAGUCACGCGACGAGGAAACUGACAGGUGAACGAAAGCAAAGAAAGCAAAUAACAAGCACGCGUUUGACGUGUAUAGGUUGGUAGUGGUGGAGGAGGUCAUGCCGGACUAGCUCGCCAGCGACUGCUGCCUUGACAUUUUUGAGCUGUUGAUUAAUGGAAUGGGGGUUGUAUGGGUGGAUAUUCAAGAUGAGCGACUAAGUGAAUAUUGGGAUAGGCGUGUGUGUAUAGUAAAGACAAAUGAAAAAGGAAUAAUAUGUUAAAUCCUGACAAGGACCAAAGAUGUAAACAUAGAUGUUUAAUCCGCCGUUUUAGUGAUAUCAAGUGGAGGAGCAAGAGACCCGAGAGCUUUGUUAAUAUCUUUGCAAGGGGUGUGUAUAUAAGAAGGAUAUAACCAUAAAAGAUAAACGAAUGAGCGCUAGAGAGUAAAGGACGAAUGAAAUAGUAAUUAUGACCCUUCAUCAAGGACGAAUAUACCGGGAAUUAAACAAAAGGAGUAAAAAGACCAACACACCUCGGAAGUUUGCCACUCGUACUUACGAUAAUAGUAAAACCUUUAAAAGAUAAAGUCGACAACAACCCAGAUUUAUCUUUUUUUUUAGAACGAUAUUUCGGCAGGCCAAUACCUGCCUUCUUCAGAUUAUAAAUGAGUUACAGUGGCAUGUUACAGUUAGUAUAUGUACAAAUUUCAUUAGUGAUUAACUAACAAAAGAUAAAAAUAGUAAUUGAGUAAGGAGUAACUUAAGAAAGAUGGGUGGUGUGGAUUACUAAACGGUUUCUUCACGCCGGUUGAGGCCACCAGGUUUAAGAGUGCCAGCCAAGUAAUAAAAAUCGUAGUCUAAGGCUACGCAGUGUACGAGAUCAACGCGCGCUCCCCUCUGGCUCUGGUAUCGCUGGAGUUUAUUAAUAAAAUUCAUUCUUAGAUAUAUUUUGUUGGCAUGAUGGCUGCUACAGCUAUUUGCUUCACAAAGCUUGUAGAAAAUGAUAACGUUUUAAGGACUGGUGAUAAUAAAGAGGGUUGGUCAAAGUA